CUAAUAACUUUGCACAUGAAAAUGUGUAAAAUCGUUUUCUCUACAAAAUGUGAUCAAGACUAGGUCGGAAAAGCAGUGGGCCAAAAUCAAUGAAAAGCGGGCCCCCUCCUUUGUCGUCGUCGCCUAUUAAGUAUUUAUCAUUUUGUGCAACUAAUUUAUCAUUUAUCAACGGUCAAUGUUGGAAAUAUACAUUGUCAAGUUACUUUCGUCGAUUAAAAACAUUUAGAUUUUACAUCACAUAUCGGUGUAUACCAAAAUCAUUUUUGACCACUAUCAAACAAACUUUACAGGCAUUUCAAACACAUUAUUGGCUAAAGCAUAAAUGAUAUUUUAUGUUUGACUAUUGUCCAAUAAGAGAACAAUUAAACUUUUAUUCUUAUCCAUUCGACGAUAAAUGUUAUGUUACUGAAUUAAAUAUAUUUCAAUCAGAAUAUGAUGAUGAAACAGCUGAUAAUUCCACAACCUACAUAAAUGAUAAAACUGAUGAAUUAUUUAUAACAUUGGCAAAUAAUGAUACUAACAUAAAUAUUGAACAAUUAAAAAAUGAAAUUGGUAAGAUUAGAAUCAUAUUUGUCAAGAAUGCAGAUCUACAAAUGAGAUACUAUUGA